GCCGGUGAUGAGGAAUCCGAGCAGAGAGAGCUACUCAAGCAGAGCAUGAUCUUGCAGAAGCAGAAGGAGCUCGAUGUCGAGCGCAACACAAGGGAGGUUAAGGCAGCCGACAACGAGGUCCGGCGCCUGACAGCCGACCUCGAAGCGGCCAAGAACGAGCUGGAGCCCUUGGAAGAGUAUUACGAACAAGUGAAGCAGCGCUGCGUGAAGAAAGUUACUCGCGAAGACAUCAUGCAGAAACGGCAGCGGGAGAUUGAAGGCUUGAAGGAAGCUCUGGCGGUGCUGGAGGGCGAAGCCGGCUUG